AUGUUGGUGAACCACAACUACAACAUGACGACAGCCUUUGUCGAGGAGCAAAAGAAGAAGUUUGCAAUGUUGAUUGAUCGGAUCAAGGAUUACAAUACAAAGUACUCCGAGUUGAUUGAUAUGGAGCUGAAGCUGACGAGACAUUACAAGCAACAGUAUCAUGAGAUGGUGCUGGAGGAGCGUCGUGCCAAGCAGGCGCUGAACAAGGAGCGCGCCAAGACCGAGAAGCGCAUGAGCGACAUCUUCUCAGAGGUCAACCGUAUCAACGAGCACUACAUCCUCGAAGCGACAUCGCCGAACCUCCCAGGCGUGUCUGGCAACGACAGCAGCAACAACGGCAAUCACAGCAAGAGGAAGUACGGCGACAACCUCAACAAUCCAUUUGUAUAUACACUCAAGUCGAUGGACGAUGCACUCACCUCCUUCAAUCCGAAGAACUAUGUACAUGAUUAUCAACCAACAACAACCCCAACCUCAACAACAAAGACAUCAACCCAGUAA